GAGGUGGUCCUCUACUGCCUGGAGAACAAGGUGUGUGAUGUGAAUCACCGUGACAACGCGGGCUACUGUGCCCUGCACGAGGCGUGUGCACGCGGCUGGCUGGCCAUCGUGGAGCAUCUGGUCCAGCACGGGGCAGACAUCAACUGCAGCGCACAGGAUGGAACCAGGCCUCUGCACGACGCGGUGGAGAACGACCAUCUGGAUGUGGUGCGGCUGCUGCUGUCGUACGGCGCUGACCCCUCAUUGGCCACCUACUCGGGCCGGACGCUGCUCAAGAUGACCCACAGCGAGCUCAUGGAGUGCUUCCUCACCG